AUGUUGCUCAUCAACUCGUACUGCUUCCUCGCCUCCAUGGUCAUCAUCGGAGCAAUGGCCGACGUCUACGGACCCGUCUCGGAUCACUUCCUUCACCACCUCAACAAGCGUCCAAAGCGAAACGAUGCCAUCAUCCGCCAGGUCGAAGCAUUAGGGGACACUGGUUCCUUUGGUGGAAAGGCAUUUUCCGAUGAAAAGCGGGUGGGCGCGCUGUUCUCGUUAGUUGCGAAUACCCAUUCUGACGUAGAAGAGGGGAUGACCACUGUUUCUGGAAAGUCUCAAGUGCAGAAGCUGUGGGAGGUAAUCGCGGCGGAAGGAGCGGAUGUUGGCGAGGGGGACCAUCUAAUGCGUGGGAACUUUUGCUCAAACGCACUUGAAUGCUUCUGGAAACACAACAUAAGAAAAAACGCACAUACAACAAAUAUGACGAAACAUUCCAUUGGUGGUGGCAAAGUUCAGACAGAGCGGAUUUCUUGGCUCACCAACACCCCAAUUGUAUUCAUCCAUGGAAAUUCCGACUCAGCUCUUAAAUACGAAAACCAUCCAUUCCAAACGGGAUUCAAUGAUGUGAUCAAAUACUUCAUGGACAAGGACUACACCCUGGCUGAACUCUACGGAAUCACCUACGGAAACCGCAGCAUGGCUCAUUCGUUCUCAAACUUCAUGCAAUGCGAGUACUUCCAACUUCAACGCCGCUUCCUCGAGUUCGUUCUUCACUACACCAAGUCCGCCCAAGUCAACAUCGUCGCCCACUCCAUGGGAGCAACCAUCGCUCGUCGAAUUAUCAAAGGAGGACAGUACACCACCAGCACCGAAUCCUGCGAUCUCGGCCAUGACUUGACCAAGCGCGUGAAUACAUUUAUCUCCAUCGCCUCUGCCAACUAUGGAAUGUGCAUUUGCGAACACGCUCUGGCCUUUGCUGCUUGCGGAAUGGAAACUGGAUUCCAUCCAGGAACUUGCACCGGAACCUCUUGCGACAGCCAAGACUACAAAUCGACCGAGAACUGCGGAGACGUCAAAUACUCAUCCACCCUCAUGGAUCUGAAUAAGGACGGAAAGAAGGUGGCCGGAUUUGUUGCCAGUCUCUGGAGCGAAGACGAUGAGAUUAUCGGAAACUUGGUCUGGGGACGCCACACAUCUCUCGUUCCACACUCGGACAUGCGCAAGAUCUACACAAACUUAAGCCACAUGGAUAUGAAGAGCUCCACCGCUGCCGACCAGUACAACAUCAUCCGCAUGAACGACCAGAAGUUCACCUUCGCCGAUAGCACCGAGUACUAA